CUUCUUCUUCGCAAGUGUAUAUAAGAAAAUAAGCAGCUCUACGAAAUCUCAGGCAUCUCCAUCCUUUUCUCUCUGGUGAUGAAGUAAGCUCCUGCACUGCAGGCUGGCGUUACCAAGGAGGCUAUCUUUGAGAUUGAAUGGUAUCAUCCUGCUCUGAGGAUUUUGUUUUGUCUGAAAUACACAGUUCUUGAGGGGUUUUUUUUUGUCAAGAAAUCGUCAAAGAAAUGGAAAAGUCUUUCGCAUCUAAGAGGAAAGAGAUCGAUUAUUCGGAUUCUCAAGAGGAGCUGAACGAUGGUUUGGCUGGGAUUGAUCUGAGUAUAAGUAAUUUCGACUCCGAGAAUACGUUAAGUCCUACUUCAGAAUUUAUGAAUCUUGAAUCUUUUGGCGGAUGGUCCGAUAGUCCUUCUGUCUUCAACCAAUACGAGCCACCGACCUCCCGAUCCAUGCUGUCUGGAUCUUCGGCUGCCCCUUUUCCCGACCCCCCUUACGCUUUCUGCCAAGAGGAAGGCUCUUAUAGCGGAGGAGAGGGAUCAUCGAUGCAGCAUACGGUCUCUCAUUUCGAUUGCUCACAAGAUGUGUCUGAUGCAGACAAGCCAAGUUCUUGUCAGAAUUAUAGUUCAUCUUACACGUCGGACCACACUAUUCCCAUGUCAGUUAGGCACUCCUUAGAUGAGAAGAUGCUUAAAGCAUUGUGCUUGUUCAUGGAGACAUCAGGAGAGGGAAUUCUUGCUCAAAUCUGGAGUCCGAUGAAGAUGGGAGAUCAGUUCAUGCUUAGCACAUGUAACCAAUCAUAUUUGCUCGAUCCGAAGCUUUCUGGAUACCGUGAAGCGUCGAGGAAAUUCACAUUUUCUGCAGAUGCACAUCAAUGCUCUUUUCCCGGCCUUCCUGGCCGGGUUUAUAUCUCUGGACUGGUGGAAUGGACAUCGAACGUGAUUUAUUACAAGACAGCUGAGUAUUUGCGAAUGAAGUAUGCAAUAGAUAACGAAGUACGUGGUUCAAUUGCUAUACCGAUACUCGAAGACACGGGAAAGUCUUGUGCUGUUCUGGAACUUGUCACGACUCGGGAAAAACGCAACUUCACUUUGGAGUUAGAAUCUGUUUGCCGCGCUCUCCAGGCCGUGGACUUGCGAACAUCGACUGUUCCCCGGAUUCAGUCCCUUUCGGGUAAUCAAAGAGAGGCGUUGGCCGAAAUAGGGAAUGUUCUCCGAGCAGUAUGCCAUGCACAUAGGUUGCCCCUAGCUCUGACCUGGAUUCCCUGCUGUUAUUCGAAAGGAGCGUGUGGCGAGUUGGUAAAAGUUUAUGGAUCAUACUCAGACGGAGAUUGUGUUCUUUGCGUCGAAGAUACAUAUUGUUACGUGUAUGAUACGGAGAUGGAGGGAUUUAUGCAAGCAUGCCUGGAGCAUGAUCUUCGAGAAGGGGAAGGAGUGGCUGGCAAAGUGCUUGUAUCGAACCAAGCCUUCUUCAAAUCCGACGUAAAGACAUUCGAUAUAAGCGAGUACCCUCUUGUUCAACACGCUCGGAAGUACGGUCUAAAUGCAGCAGUCGCGAUCAAAUUGAGGAGCACGUUCACUGGCCAUGAUGUCUACGUACUUGAGUUGUUCCUGCCUGUAAGUAUGACCGGAAGUUUAGAACAGCAGCUUUUGUUGGACAACCUCUCGGGCACGAUGCAGAGGAUAUGUCGAACUCUGAGAACUGCUUUGGACACGGAGUCAGUUCAUAAAGGAGCAACUGAUGUCGAAAUUCAAGAUGAAAGAAGGACGAGUUUCCCGGAAAUGGAUAUAUCUCGAGGAAGCUUUCAGACAAUACCGCGAGAUAGUAAUAACUUCAGUUCUCACGGAAAGAUCUUCUCGAGCAUUUCUGAGCCGCAGGUUAUGAAGAAACAAAGUACUUCAGAGAAGACUGUAAGCUUAAAUGUUCUUCAACAGCACUUUUCCAGAAGCUUAAAGGAUGCUGCUAGGUCCCUUGGUGUUUGUCCUACAACACUGAAACGGAUAUGCAGACAACAUGGGAUAACGAGGUGGCCGUAUCGCAAGAUCAGCAAGGUUAAUCGGUCUUUACGGAAAAUGCAGUCUGUGAUCGGAUCCGUCCAGGGUGUAGACACAGAUUUCAAAUACAACCCAGAAACAGGGGUAUUCAUGGCAACUGGCCAUUCUAUCCAUGAAUCCAAUGCCCAGAAUGGAGGAGUAGCUCAAGAAGAAGACAUGGCUCAAGCUCAAGAUUCAGACAAGAACAACGCUGAGAAGUUACAGGAGGUUGGCAGCACAAGCCAAACCACACCUGGAUCGUUCCACGAGGCUGAUAAUGUUGGUAACCAGCCAUGGUCUUGGGUUGCAAACCAGUCCGGCUCGGACUAUGACGGUUGCUUCACAGACAAAACCCGGGUAGAGAUCGAGAUCGAGAUCGCUAAACAACCCUUUGUCCCGAAGAGCUCGAAAGCUCCAGCCAUUACGGAUGACAAGGCCAGAACUUUCGAGCCUAACCAGCCGAUAUCUUGUAGCUUCUCGGACUCGUCAAACGUUGCUGGAGGAGGUGCGGUCAAUGUCAGGAGCUCGUCUACUUCCGUGGAUGACCUGAACUCGCUGAGAGCUCAAAACAGCAGUAGCAGCGGAGGUGAGAGCGGGUCCACGGUUGUCACUGUGAAGGCAACUUACAACGAUGACACAGUGCGUUUCAAGAUCGACCCAUCGGUCGGGUGUUCUCAAAUCUACAGAGAAGUCGGGAAGCGUUUCGAGCUGAAUGAAGAAACGUUCCAACUCAAAUACUUGGACGACGAAGAAGAAUGGGUGAUGCUAGUGACUGAUUCAGAUCUCCAUGAAUGCUUAGAGAUAUUGGCCGGAACAGGGAGACACACUGUGAAGUUCCUCGUCCGUGAUCUGCCUUGUCCCAUCGGCAGUUCUACUGGUAGCAUCGGAUAUCUCGGACCAUGUCCAUAGCACCUUUCAUCC